AUGACAACGAUAGAAACAGUAAUACCUUUCGAAGAAAAGACUGCUCUUGAUAAUGAACCAUUGACAGCAACAACUGAAUCUACUAUCUGUACUAAACUUGAAAGCUCAUCUAUAUUCUUAUUUGUUUGUAUACUAUAUGGACUUAUUAUGACAUUUUCACAAUUAUUUAUUGGUUGGAAAUAUGUUUCUCAAUGUCCAAUUAAUCCUAAUAUUCCUAAAUAUCUAUUUGUUAAUGGUAUUAUUGGUAUUUCUUCUGGUAUUUUCGUUCGAUAUCGAACUUAUCUAUUAGCAAAAACAAGCAAAUCAUCUAAAGCAACAAACAAUCGUAAAACUGGAGUUAGUUUAGCGACUGCUAUGAAUAAUCCAUUGCUUUUUAUUAUUAAUAUUGCUCAUUAUUGUUGGAUUAUUUUUCUAUUUAUUUGGUUUACAUAUGGAUGUAAAUGGAUAUUUGGUAUUUGGAGUGAAGUUAAAUAUGAUCCUCCAAAUCAUCCACAAUUUUGUUUAUCAUUAGUAUAUCGAUUGGCUUAUAUUCCUAUACUUAUGUCAAUUGUAAUUUUAUUUCUAUGCUGUUGCUGCCUUAUUUGUAUAGCAUCAGUUAGAAUGUUUCGCAUACCGACAGAAGGUGUUUAA